AUGUUGUCCCUCGCCGCGUUUGCCGUCUUUGGCUUCCUAGGGAGCACCGUCGCGUCACUCCCACCGCGGAGCAUCCUUGAACGUCAGAACUCUGAGUGGAAUGUUGGACAAGUCGUCCAGACUUCGAGUGGCCCGGUGGAGGGCCAUGCAUCCCACAACAUCUCUGAAGUCUCUGAAUACCUUGGCAUCCCCUGUAGAAGUAGACAAUUGGGAAACCUCCGCUUCCGGCCUCCACUGAGGUUCAAUGGGACGAAAGCAAUCGACGGCUCCAAAAAUGGGCCAUCUUGCAUGGCCAGCACGACGUCGGGCCUCGCCACCAACGCGAGCGACUACGAGAAGCUUGGACUUACGCCGGCCGGGCGUGACGUGAUCUUCGCACUGACAACACCUCCGGGUAAUGCCAGCGAGGACUGCUUGACGCUCAACAUCUGGACCAAACCACAGACCGGGGAAGCCGAGAAGGCUGUGCUGCUGUUUAUCUAUGGCGGAGGUUACGUGACCGAUCAACGCUUGGCCGUCGAAUGGGUCCGGGACAACAUUAGGAAUUUCGGCGGCGACCCAACUCGAAUCACCCUUUUCGGUCAGUCAGCGGGUGCUUCGUCCGUCGACUAUUACUCCUAUGCCUGGGCCGACGACCCCGUAGUUCACGCCUUCAUCCCAAUGUCUGGUACGGCGAUCUCCUUCGGCCAACAGACAUCCGAAAACGCAACAGCGACUUGGUUCAACCUCACGACUCGCCUUGGAUGUGGAGGGGCAUCGGACAACCGCGACACCGUUUUCAAUUGCAUGCUUGAGAAACCGGCACAGGAGAUCGCAAACGCUGUGCCAGUCAAUCUUAUCACCGACAGCGACAGCAGUCUCGCAUAUGGACCAGCUAUCGACGAGACGGUCAUCUUUUCGGACUACUUCACACGAAAGCCCGCCGCGCGGCCAUUUCUCAUUGGCCACGCGGAUUUUGAGGCAGGUCUCUUCCGACUUCUCGCUCCGAGCUUCCCAGACGAGAUCUGGGCGAUCGCCAACCAGAAUACAUUCGUGUGCCCGUCUGCCAUCAGAUCGGCGCUAUCCUUAGCCUUUGGGAAUCCGACGUGGCGGUACAGAUACUUUGGCGACUUUCCCAACCUUGUUCUGACAAACACACCACCGAGCGGUGCUUGGCACGCUGGGGAGCUGCCUUUGCUUUUCAAUACAACCCUAGUUUCGAGUGGUGUGGUGGCGGACACGCCUGCAGAGGUUCAAAUCGGCAAGUACUUCCGCGGAGCCUGGGCUACUUUUGCGAAGGACCCUGUCAUCAAAUACGGCUGGCCGCAGUACUCACCAGACACGUCUUCGCUGAUCCGAAUAGCCUACAACAGUCAGACUGGCCCUAACCUUGCUACGGGGAACAUGUACGACAUCGGCUGUCCAGGCCUCGGACCUGCUGCGCCGAACGGCUCGUCAUCCCCAAACGGCACGCAGACUAUGGGUACGGGCUCAUCGCCGGCCGGGGCUAAUGGGACUAUGGGGUUUACUGCCGACAUUUUUCUCGUUGUCGCUUUCAUCUCAGCGUUCGGCAUACUACUAGCUUAUUAG